UAUCUCAAGAUCUCCACUGGACCGGACCCAUAAAGCACCUUGUUGUCGAUUGACUUCGAUCGUCAGUAUAUGGAAACCUUAGGCAACUCUGUACUGUGCUGAACGAUCCUUCAAAGCCAAGCUUCUCCUGGCUUCAAAUCAUGGCAGCGAGUGACGACUCUUCAUUCUACCUCUAUGGGGUGGGCGAGAAGCCAGAGGCCUUGACUCUUGGCUCUUUGGUGCUGGAAAAGUAUUGGCAGCCACUGGCAGCGCGUCACUAUACUCAUGAUCUGCUCAGUGAGGAGGCGUUGCAAGAACACACUUAUGCAAGUGACUUCGCCAAUGUUGUCUUUCGUGGUUCCUCGCGCACUUCUCCCGGUGUUGGUCUCAGCGGUGGCGAUAUAAUCGAUCUCCGUCUAGCGUAUAACAAGGAGCUUGAGCGUAUAGUUACCGCAAGGAAGGGAAGACGAGUUAUUCUGAAAGAUCCGGAAUCCUUCCUCAUCACUUCGGUCCUCAGUAAUCCCCAAGCCCAACAGAAACUCAAACUCUGGCUCUCCGCAGCCCGCAGCUCCUAUCUCCUCAACUUCAAAUUCGCACGCCGUCCGAAGAUCUGGCUUCUUACCGGACUAUACCUUCUAGAAGGUACCCGCACGAUUGUGUCGCGGAGUCAGUCGAAUCAAGUCUCGGUGGGCAUUUCGUCUGCGGUCAUUGGUGCACUAUCGAGUGUGCCUGUGGGCGGAUCGGUGAAGCUUGGCCAGGGCGCAUCGUGGGAGAUUGCGAUGGAGGUUGAAGACGAACACGUCUGGGCAGCGCAAUUUCGGUUGCUGGAUGCAAAGUUCAUCAAGUUGGGUAGCAAUGGUGUGGAAGGGAUUACGCUACCAAUGUCGAUGGGGCUAUAUCGAGACAUCAUGUCGGUGAACACGGUUCGUGGUGGAGGAAGAGAUGGAGUUGAGUUGCAACUACUGGGUGAAGAUGACGACCAUGAUGAAGAUGAGCAGGCGAAUAACACGGACGACGAUCAGGACAGCCAGGAGAUGACGGAGUAUGAGAAGCGGCUGGAGGAUACCAUUCGGUUGUUUGAGAAGGCGCCAAAGCACUUUCUGGGGUAGCUAUACUAUAUAAGUCCACGGUUUUUUGUAGCUCUUGACAUUUGGAAACACAGCAGCAUCAUUGUGUACUUCGAGUACAUGGGUUUCGGUUGAUAUAGAUUUGUCUGAAGUGGCGUGC